AUGUCAAAGAUGAAACCGGAUCGCAAGCCUCCGCUUGCUAAAUCACCCAUCAGGCUUCGACCCCGUCGGGUCCUCGGAUCAAACUCAAACUGUAUGCCAACCCCAGCAGGGCGGUCCGAGAUCGGGUUCGAGCAAACCGAUAAAAUUUUAACAGGCGGUUCUUUAAGAAAAUCGGAGAAAGCAAGGCCCACAGGCAUUUGGGAGAUGGAAGAAGCGGAGCUUCGACCUGAAUACCGCUCCAUUUCGUGGGAACUGAGGGCUUUAGAAAAGAUGGUAACUGGAGAGGAAUUGGGCAAGGAAGAUUAUUGUGGUGGUGGUGGUGGAGAUACUGAUAGCAGCAGCAGCCAUAGGCUGAGUUCGUUGAAUUCGAGUCCUUUGUUUGAAAGGGGUAGGUUUUACGAGGAGUAUUCUGCUAGAAGGAAUGAGCGGCUGAAUAGGAAGAAUAAGAUCACGGUAAAGGAGGGCGGUUGUGAGACAAAUUAUUCAACAACGGCCACGUCUGCUUCCGGCUCUAAAUAUAAGUACAAUAAUAAGCUGGGUGUUACAGUAGAAUCUGCCAAAAGAACCAGCACUCGUACUACUACUAGCAGUAGGAAGCUUCAAAGCUUGAGGAAAUCAGUAUCUGCUGCUUACUCGGUGGUGGAGACUCAACAGGCUCCGUCUCCAACUCCGGCUCCGGCUCCGGCUCCCAGGUAUAUGCUGAGAAGCUUGAUGAACAAAGAGAAUAUGAAGCCCCCUCUGCCUCAGCCUACUUUGUACUCCUCUCAUCAAAAUCAUAAAUCUGAAAACCGUGGGGGACGGAAAACUGGAGCUCCAACUCCAACUCCAACUCCAUCUCCAAGGGUUGGGUAUUAUUAG